CCCAUGCGUUGGAAACAUCGGGCGGAGGCUGAUUGGCUUACACGGAUUUCAUAAUGUUUCACACUGGGCGUGGGUUUGUUUGCUCAGUUGGCGCUAGGGUGUGAGGCUGGACGGAAAGGAACGAUGGCCGCUAAGUUUUUACCUCGGUUUUGGCGAAGCGGUUCUCAAGCGGAAUUGUUGGACUUUCAAAACAAUAAUGUCGUUGCGGAGGGAAAGCUGGAUUUUGAACACGGCACACUUAAAGGAAAAAGUGAGGACCUAGCCAAUCACUCUCUCUUAAAUAAACUUCUCCGAAGGACCCUAGUCGACUCUCCUCACAAUGUUGAAGUUUUGCAGAGGGAUCCCACAUCACCACUCUUUUCUGUUAAGUCAUUUGAGGAGCUACAUCUAAAGAACGAACUGCUACGUGGUAUAUAUGCUAUGGGCUUCAACAGACCUUCAAAAAUCCAAGAGAAUGCCCUUCCAAUGAUGCUUGCAGAUCCUCCCCAAAAUCUGAUAGCACAGAGCCAAUCUGGAACGGGCAAAACAGCUGCAUUUGUACUGGCUAUGCUGAGUCGUGUGGAUGCAAACAAGAAGUAUCCACAGUGCAUCUGUCUUAGUCCUACAUUUGAACUGGCUUUGCAGACUGGGAAAGUCGUUGAAGAGAUGGGGAAGUUCUGUGCUGGAAUUGAAGUCAUCUAUGCCUUACGAGGAAAUAGACCUGGAAAAGGAAGCAGAUUAGAAGCACAGAUCGUAAUAGGUACCCCUGGUACUGUACUGGACUGGUGCUUUAAACUGCGGCUGAUAACUGUUGAAAACAUCUCUGUGUUUGUGUUAGAUGAGGCUGAUGUUAUGAUAAAUGUUCAAGGUCAUUCUGAUCACAGUGUCCGUGUUAAAAGAUCAAUGCCAAAAAGUUGCCAGAUGCUUCUCUUCUCUGCCACCUUUGAGGAUUCUGUGUGGGCCUUUGCUGAAAGAAUUGUACCAGACCCAAAUAUCAUAAAACUGAAGAAAGAAGAGUUAACUCUUAAAAAUAUACAGCAAUUUUAUGAUCAAUGUGAAAACAAAGAGCAAAAAUACUCUGCACUAUGUAACCUUUAUGGAGUUAUAACAAUUGCCCAAGCAAUUGUAUUUUGUCAGACUCGUAAAAUUGCUAGUUGGCUUUCUCAAAAGCUGUCGGAUGACGGGCACCAAGUAGCAUUGUUAAGUGGUGAACUUCCAGUUUAUGACCGUGCUGACAUGAUACAAAGAUUCCGUGAAGGGAGGGAGAAAGUACUUGUUACUACUAACGUUUGUGCACGAGGUAUUGAUGUUGAACAGGUCUCCAUUGUAGUGAAUUUUGACCUGCCAGUAAAUGUUGAUGGCUCAGUAGACUUUGAAACCUACUUGCAUCGUAUUGGCCGCACUGGGCGAUUUGGAAAGAAGGGUAUUGCAGUGAGCCUUAUUGAAAAUUUCUUUGUGUACAUGCUAAAGGAGAUUGAAGAUCACUUCAACACAAAGAUUACAAAGCUAAACAGUAUGGACAUGGAUGAGAUGGGGAAAAUAUGGAAGUAAAGUGAUGAGUCGGCAUGAUCACCUUGUGCCUCAAGUUGUGGAUUCAUUUUCUGCACUUGCAACAAUGCCAAAUGAACUUUUGUUAAGGGGAAAAAAAGUAAAGUUAUUUUAAAAUAUUGAAUAAAAGUAAAACAUUUUGUGAUCUUGCUGAAUGCAGUACUAGUGAACAAUCUGAAGUUAUGGAAAGAUCAUUCAUGUGUGUUUUUUUUUCUCUGAAAGUAAUAUUCAGGAUGUGCCUGUUUACCAAUGAUUCUAUUAAUAAUGUGUUGCAGCACAGUUUUUUGGAGUUUUAGGCUUGACCGUUUUUCACAUGAGCACUUUUUCAUACAUCACUAGAAAACUAAAAUUUUUUUUUAUAACUUCACCUGUUGAAGGUCUUGGUUAUUUGCAAAAUGUGUUCUUGCACUUUCUUUGUUUGCAUGUUAAUUAUUCAUUUGUAUUAUUUAAAAAAUGCAUGUAUUACUAAGAGUUUGUUUUCAAAACACCAUUAUAAUUAUCUGCACUAUAUUUUAUUGCAUGUAUGGUCUUACAAAUUGUGUAGAAUCGCCCACUUCACAGCAAAUUUGGCUGACUAAGCACUUGAAGAAUUUUGUUUUGUUACCACUUCAUGGGUUUUCUCUGUUAUGUUGUGUAAAUGUAAUUCCUGGAAAAAGAAUAUUGCUUCUAGUACCGUUGUGCAAGGCAUAAGUGGGAUAUUUGUAUUUCUAACGAUUUUUUUUUUUUUUUCUCCAAAAAAAUCCUUUUUAUAGGUUUUGGCUUUUAGCAACAGUUAUUUCGGUCUGUAGAGACUUAGUUUUGGGAAAUUCAAAAAAAAAAAAAAAGUUUAAAAGUAGCAUUUAAGUUAUGUAUGCCAUCCCCCAGUGAAUUGUUUUUUUCUCCCCAAGCUGGCACUACUCUUCUAGAAAAGAAGUUCACCAGCCCAGGACUGUCGUCAUUCAUAGAUUAGCUAUUUCUGCUCUAUUGCAGGGACAUCUUGCAGUGUGUACAUGCACAGUAUAGUAAACAAAAAAUUACUAUCCUGAGCAUGCUCCUGCCGUAAAGUGGUUUUGUGAUGCUCUGAUAAAAGUACCCUGGACUGGUGUGUUUCUUCCAGACAAGGAGUAGCAGCCCAGGAAAAAAGCAAGUGUUGACUGCGGUACACAACAAUUUGGCUUUUCUUAUCCUUUAAAUCCAUUUUAUUUUAAGGAAUAUUUGUACUUCCAAACUUUUUGUACUUGCAUGCACUCAUUUAUUUAAUCCUGGUCCUCGGACCACAUUAAACAGAAAUUAACACAAUAAAAAUCACAGAAAAAGCUUAUCGGCUUCUGAUGUAUUCCAUAUGAUAUUUUUCUGCAUGAAACUAAGCAUUAUUUUCUCAAUCCCAAAAUACAAACCAUUGUCCAAUUGGCCUACUCUUUCUUUAUCCUGUGUUACUGUGCCAUUGUCCUUUGUUUGUUAAGCCGCAAUGCAGAUACUUUAAUGUAAAAGCAAAGCCUAAAGGUUGAACGGUUCCAAAAUUACCCACAUUAGUAGUAUUUGUCUGUUUUUUGUUUUUUUUAUAUUUGUGAUUGUUUACCAAAAUAAAAAGGUCAUUAAAG